AUGGAUGAGGCAACCAAGCAGUGGGAGGAGAGCGGCACAGGAGGCUGGUCAAAAUUUGCCUGCGAACUUGGCAUUGGUUGGUUCAAGUCCCAGGGUUUGGUGCAAUCGAAGGAGUUCGACGCGCUUCCAGCCGACGAAAAGGCCUACCUGAACAAGGCAACGAUCCCGCAUUUCGAGAUUAUCAGUCACUUUCCCAUACACUGGUUUAUCCCAGACUUUUCAAACGACAGGCUCAACUAUUCCAACUUCUUAGUCUUUCACCAGAAUGCGCUCAGCAAGGGCGAGGUCACACUUCAGUCAGCUGACCCGGGCGUUCCUCUCAAACUGGAUCCAAGGUAUCUGGAGUCACCGUUCGACCACCGGGUUGCAAUCGAAGCCCUGCGAGAAACACUCAAGCUUUGCAAGCACGAGAGCUAUGCCAAAAAUACUACUGGCAUCAUCAUCGGUCCGUCAGGAGAUUCGGAUGAAGAGCUGCUUGAAUACUGGAAGGCCGCCGGAUCUACAUGUUGGCAUAUGACUGGCACUGCAAAAAUGGGAGCCCCGGAAGAUAGUGGCACAGUUGUUGACCAUGACUUCCGGUUCGUGGGCAUUCAGAACUUGCGCGUUGCUGACAUGAGUGUCGUGUCGAUUCUGCCAAACUGUCACACGCAGGUUGUGGCCUAUUUGACUGGGGCUACGUGCGCGGACAAGUUGGUUGAUGAAUAUAACUUGUCGAAGCUUCUGAAGAUGAUAGCUAACGAAGGUGGCCACAGAAUGUUCUAG